AAAGGGAGCGCAGACCCAGCGAGUUGCGGACCCAGAGGGAGCUCGUUCGUCGGCGCGGGCCGGGCUGCCUCUCGCAACAGGUCCCUAGGCAAACAAGGGCAGGCCGCUCCGCCUCCCCAGGCCCCUGCCAUUGGUCUCCUCCUCUGUCCCUGAGGGGGAGGAAGCGGCACCCGUCGCCUCAAUGCGGUUCGGGGCCAAAAUGAUGCCGAUGUUUCUUACUGUGUACCUCAGUAACAAUGAGCAGCACUUCACUGAGGUGCCAAUCACCCCAGAAACUACCUGCAGAGAUGUAGUGGAUUUGUGUAAAGAGCCUGGUGAGACUGAAUGCCACCUGGCUGAAGUGUGGUGCGGCUCAGAGCGCCCUGUAGCUGACAACGAGCGCAUGUUGGAUCUUCUGCAGCGCCAUGGAGUCCAGAGAAAUGAAGUUAGGUUCUUUCUUCGCCAUGAGCGGUCUCCUAAUCGAGAAGCUGGGAGCGGACCAAGAGUGCAAGAUCCAAGCUUGAAGAGAAAUGGUGUAAAAAUGCCUGGUGAGCGAAGAAUAGAGAAUGGAAAGGUCAAUGCUCCUCGGAUGGAUAUGACUUUAGCUGAAUUGCAGGAAAUGGCAUCACGUCAACAGCAACAAAUAGAGGCCCAACAGCAAAUGCUGGCUAACAAGGAGCAGCGGUUAAAAUUUCUGAAACAGCAGGACCAACGGCAGCAACAACAAGCUGCAGAGCAGGAAAAACUCAAAAGAUUAAAAGAAAUUGCUGAGAAUCAGGAAGCCAAGUUGAAGAAAGUGAGAGCUCUCAAAGGUCAUGUGGAACAAAAACGGCUCAGUAAUGGGAAGCUAGUGGAGGAGAUUGAGCAGAUGAACAGUUUGUUCCAGCAAAAACAACGAGAGCUGGUACUGGCUGUGUCAAAGGUAGAGGAACUUACUAGGCAGUUGGAGAUGCUGAAGAAUGGCCGGAUUGAUGGUUACCAUGACAACCAGUCAGCUGUCGCUGAGCUUGACCGACUGUACAAGGAGCUUCAGCUGAGGAACAAACUGAACCAGGAGCAGAAUGCCAAGCUGCAGCAACAGAGGGACUCUUUAAACAAACGCAACUCAGAGGUGGCAGUUAUGGAUAAGCGUGUUAAUGAGCUGAGGGAACGGCUGUGGAAGAAGAAGGCUGCGUUGCAGCAAAAGGAGAAUGUCCCGGUGUCUCCAGAUGGGAAUCAGCCACAGCCAGUGGUAUCUACUCCAAGUCGAGUGGCAGCUGUUGGCCCUUACAUCCAGUCUUCCACCAUGCCACGCAUUGCCUCAAGGAAUGAACUGUUAGUCAAACCAGUCUACCCUGAUGGGACUUCAGCCUUGCAAGCCCCUGAUGGUCCGUUGAAAACGCAGACUCUCCCAAACAUGAGAGCUGGGAUUCUUUCACAAGUGAAAGCUCCUGGAGGUACCACACCUGCUGGUUCAAAACCUCCACUCGCUACCAGUGACUGGAACAAUGCGAGCGCUGGCCAUGUUAUCAGCCAAGGGCUAACUUCCAUGGUGACCAAAGCCAACUGUAGCAAUGAAGUGCAAGUUGGUGAGGUAGAUGUUCCUCUUAGAGAAAGGGAGAAAAAAGUACGCCCCUUUUCCAUGUUUGAUUCUGUUGACUCAAAUGGAGCUGUUGGAGUGCCUGCAACAGGUACACUGAGAAAAAACCAGAGCAGUGAAGACCUACUGCGAGACGGCCAGACUGGCACUAAAAAUGCUGCAAAAGUGCCGCCACCUGUUCCCACCAAACCAAAACAGAUAAACUUACCUUACUUCGGCCAAGCUGGUCAGCUGCCUUCUCCAGAUGUUAAGCCUGAUAGUAAUAUCCAGAAGCUGCCUCUGACAAUUGCAGCUGUAGGAAACAAGCAGAAGCCACCAACCCAGCUCACUCCACCAGCAUCUCAGCAGGCCCAGCAAAAGAUCUGUGUGUCUCCAAGUGGCCUUCCUGCUAAUCCGGAUCUGACUCUUCUCAAGCAAGAGAGUCCUCCUGCGGCAGCUGUGAGGCCUUUUACCCCUCAGCCAGCCAAAGAGGCUCCCCCGCCACCUUUCAGAAAGCCGCAGACGGUUGCUGCAAGUUCUAUCUAUAGCAUGUACACAAAGCAGCAGACUCCUGGGAAGAACUUCCAACAGGCAGUGCAGAGUGCCCUGACAAGGGCACAGACCAGAGGACCCCAUUUUCCAAGUGUGUAUGGAAAGCCAGUUAUUGCUGGAGCCGGUCCCCCAAAUCAACAGCAGCAGACUGAGAAUAUUUAUUCAAAUACUCAAGGCAAGCCAGGCAGUCCAGAGCCUGAAAUGGAGACCACAGCUUCAGCCAGUGAAAAUAAUGAAACGGAGCGUAUUCCUCGUCCACUCAGCCCAACAAAGCUGUUGCCUUUCUUGUCAAAUCCUUACAGAAAUCAAAGUGAUGCAGAUCUGGAAGCCCUUCGGAAGAAGUUAUCCAAUGCCCCAAGACCACUGAAGAAGCGUAGUUCUAUUACUGAGCCAGAGGGUCCUAAUGGCCCCAAUAUUCAAAAGCUCUUGUACCAGAGAACAACUCUGGCUGCUAUGGAGACUAUCUCUGCCCCAUCCUACCCAUCAAAGCAAACUUCCGCAGCUGCCACUGAAGGCUCAGCAGAAAUCCCAAACCCAUAUUUAAGCACAGAAGUGGCCAAAGAAGUAGUUCCACCUUCACCUGAGCCAACUAUUGCAGAAGAGGCAGAAACGGCAAAUGCCGAUCAGAACGCAGGGCCUCUUCCUCCAUCAGGCCUAGAGAGCGUUCCUGAGGGGAUUUCUGAUGACAUCUCCCUUGCUCCGCCUGAAAUGGAAGAACCGAGUCUGGACGUUCCCUUGCCCAUAGACAUGUACAUGGAGGAGUAUCCCCCCUACCCACCGCCUCCCUAUCCUUCAGGAGAACCAGAGAGUUUGGGAGAGGACUCGUUCAGCAUGCAACCUCCCGAAGUCACGGGGCAGUUCUCUUUGCCACCUGGCAAGAGGACAAAUCUGCGCAAAGUUGGCUCAGAAAGGAUUUCCCAUGGAAUGCGAGUGAAAUUCAACCCCCUUGCUUUGCUUCUUGAUUCCUCUCUUGAAGGAGAAUUUGACCUUGUUCAGCGGAUCAUCUACGAGGUUGAAGAUCCCAGCUUGCCCAAUGAUGAGGGCAUCACUGCACUUCACAAUGCCGUGUGUGCUGGCCAUACAGAGAUUGUGAAAUUCCUGGUACAGUUUGGUGUCAAUGUAAAUGCUGCAGAUAGCGAUGGAUGGACACCACUGCACUGUGCAGCAUCUUGCAAUAACGUCCAAGUGUGCAAAUUCUUAGUGGAAUCGGGUGCUGCUGUUUUUGCCACAACCUACAGUGACCUGCAGACUGCGGCAGACAAGUGUGAAGAAAUGGAAGAAGGCUACACGCAGUGUUCCCAGUUUCUUUACGGAGUGCAAGAGAAAAUGGGAAUCAUGAACAAAGGAGUGGUGUACGCUCUCUGGGAUUAUGAAGCUCUGAACGAUGACGAACUGUCCAUGAAAGGAGGAGACUGCAUGAUGGUUCUUCGCCGGGAAGAUGAAGAAGAAAUAGAGUGGUGGUGGGCACAGCUAAACGACAAAGAAGGAUAUGUGCCACGUAAUUUACUUGGGCUUUACCCAAGGAUUAAGCCAAGGCAAAGAAGCUUGGCGUGAAAACAUUUUGAACCGAUUUUAUGAAGUACCAGCCGCAGGACAAGUUUAUCCUUCUUACGGAAGAGAAUGCAUUCUUUGUGGGUUUGCGCCAAUUUCGGGAGACGUUUCUAUUUACAGUGUGAUAUGAAAGCAAUACUGAAUGUGCUUUGAAAACAGAUGAAGGAUAGAGUGCAUUCACAAGUGGCGGAAGACAUUCCGCAAUCUGGAAUGCGACUUUCAAGCAAA